AGGAGGGAGGAGGAUCCAUGCAGCCGGAGGGAGGUGAAACAGAUUUAGAGACAGAAAGCAGCCGGUGUUCAAACUCAACAGUUUCUCAGCAGCAGGCGAACAGCGUCGCCUCCUCCUCCUCUUCAUCCUCCUCCUCCUCCUCCUCAGUCAUCAUCCAUCCAUCCUCCUCUUUCUCUCCGCCUCCUCCACCGGUCCUCCUCUCCAUGCCGGCGGAGGUCUCCGCGGGGCUGCCAUGGCGAAGAUCCGGGUGUCGUACGAGUACUCCGAGGCCGAGGACAAGAGCAUCAGGCUGGGCUUGUUCCUGAUCGCCUGCGGGAUCCUCAGCCUCUUCAUCCUGGGCUUCUGCUGGCUCAGCCCGACCCUGCAGAGUCUGCAGAGCAAGCCGGCCAACUGCACGGUGGUGUCGGUGUUGCGUCCGGAGGAGAUGUUCGAGUGUGUGUUUACAUGCGGUGCGGACUGUAAGGGGACGUCUCUUUAUCCCUGCCUGCAGAUCUUCGUCAACAACUCAGAGUCGAACUCGGUGGCUCUGCUGCACUUUGAUGAGCAACAGCUGGUCCUCAACCCAAAGUGUUCAUACGUCCCUCCCUGUGAGCGGGACAACCAGAAGAACAAAGACAGCGUUCUGUGGUGGGAGGAUUACUUCACUAAAGAGGUCAGCAGCCAGUCCUUCACCUGCUUCUUCAACCAGCAGAGGAGGCCCGAUGACGUGUUGUGGCGCCGUUCCCACGACACCAGCGUCCUGCUGCACUGUGUCCUCUGGCCGAUGGUGUCACUCCUGCUGGGCACGCUCAUUGUGCUCCUGACGGUGUGCGCACGCUCCCUGGCCGUUCGAGCCGAAGCUCUCCAGAAGAGGAAAUGCUCUUACGAAGUGUGCCAAGACCUGUCAGCUGGUCCCUCAGACCGCCGCGGCAAUAAGGCCGAAGACCCCCUUGCGACGAACUCUGACCCCGAGUCGUCGUCACCAACAAGGACCCUGCCGCUGUUUGCGGUGCCAGUGCGACGACGCGAUCGGGAACAUUAAAAGGGGAAACAGACAGCUGUUUUCACGUCGUGAAAAUAAAUCAGGAUGCUAACGAGCCGGUGGGCGAAGUCGACUAACUGGCUGAGGACGCCACCAACAACCCACUGCUGUGUGGUGUGGUGUUUAUGAUCAGAAGUGUUAAAACCAGGAUAUGAGGAGAGGAUGAGAGGAAACGACUUUGUUGCCUGUAGAUCUGAGCAAAGACACCUUUCCUCUGGUUUUAACUGGAUCUCUCGGAUGCUGCUGAGUUGAGUCCUCUGGUUAUAAUCAGCAUUUCUUCAGUGAUAGAGUUGUUACGAAGGGUUCUUAUAACGACAACAGUGCCGUGAUAGAUGGUACGGUGAAUUAUGUGUCAGGAAAAAAGAGUCAAACUUCACUUGAGGACUCAUUACUGCUCUUUACUGCGGUCUUAACUGUAGCUCUUCUAUCGAUGUAGUUUUCCCUCUGAGUCCCAGUAGCCAUACGUGUUGAUAAAUAGAGCCAAAGUCCUGACGUCUCUUCAGGCUAGCCGCUGUUCCUCGACCUUCUGAGGCUCAGUGCAAUCUUUCUUUGAGGGUUUCUUCCAUUGGUAUUUCUGAAAAUAUUAAUCUAUUUAUUACCUAUUUUAUUUAGUUGUGAGGGAUCAUGUACAAUAUUUAAGACUUUCCCUCCGCAGCACUGAUCCCGUUAAGACAGCAACAGAGUCAUGUUGUACUUACUGUAGCGCUCUAUUGCUUCGAGUUUCUUUACUCUUGGAAUUUGGUACCAUUUUCAUUCACUCAUUUUUAGUCGAGGUGCUUCUACUUUGCUGUUUUUUUUAAUCACCUUUUAAGUUUUUGUUUGUUUUUUGUUUUGUAUGCCAAAAUUACAACUCACAAAUUCGCCUCAAAGGACUUCAGACCCAGUUUUGAGUUGAAGAAACCC